AUUUAUCCGAUCUAAAUUGAUAUAUGUAUAUAUAUUUUCAUGGAAAAAAAAAUCCUGCUCCUUUUAUGCAUUUCCCUCGUCUGACAGAAAGGGACUGUGAGGGAACUUUCUCCCUGAAGAACCUCACAUUCCUCGAACUUCAGCGGGAAAAGGGCAACGCCAGCGCGAGACCGCCGCUGCUCUCACUACUAGUUAAGCCGGUGACCAGGCGAGGAGCACUAACUAGUUGUGUCGGAAAACUAUGGGAUGGAUUGCCAUGGCAACCGACCAGACGUCACAAUCUGGGCAUGUGUGUUCCAUUUUUGUCUCUUUCUUAUUUUCAGACUGGAGGAUUUGGAUAGAGAGAAGAGGGAGAAACGUUUUUUUUUUUUAAACAGGGCAGCCAUCUUUUAUUUUAUUGAGAGCAUAUUAAAAGAAAAUUAGCCUCACCUUCAGUGGACGUCUCCUCUGAAGCUGAAAAUCUGGGCAUUCAGAGGGUUAAGUUUCUGGACUUUAUUCCUGCUUCUCGAAUGUGAUUUUCUUGUUAUGCGGUAAAGAUGCCCGGAUCGCUAAGCAAUGAAGAUGAGGGGCAAGACGAUAUGGAUUUUGAGGACGACGUGCCAGAUGAGGAUGAGGAUGGUGUACGUCGGAGGAGUGUCCCCCUGUCACCCUUAGAGAGGUUUUUCUCUGAGGAUGAUUCGGUUAAACAGCAUAAGAAGAAGAAACCCAGCAAGAUGAUGGAGGGGAAGGAGCCCAAAGUUAAGAAAAAGAAGAAAAAGGAGGGGCUUCCUAGUGGGCUAGAUGACAUGUCAGACAGAGAGGAUCAUGGUCACAGGUCAGGAAGUGAGAGCAGCACCUACAGCACCCUGAAGAAGAAAAAGAAGAAGCCCAAAGAGAAGAAGGAGAGGAAAACUAAACAGCGAAAGAAAGACGAUGAUGAAGACGACGAUGAUGACGAUGAUGGAAACAUGAAGGAACCAAAGUCAUCCAGUCAGCUGAUGCAAGAGUGGGGUCUCGAAGAUGUGCAGUAUGCCUUCUCAGAGGACGACUAUAAAACCAUCACCAACUACAAAGCCUUCAGCCAGUUUCUUAGGCCCCUCAUUGCCAAGAAGAACCCCAAGAUCCCCAUGUCAAAAAUGAUGACGGUGCUCGGAGCGAAAUGGAGAGAGUUCAGCGCGAACAACCCUUUCAAAGGCACCUCUGCAACUGCUGUAGCGGCUGCCGUGGCCGCUGCCGUGGAAACUGUCAAUGUGGCUCCGCCCAUCUGUAUUAGAAGUAUCCAACAGAUCUCACCAUCUGGGCCAAUCAAAAAAGCCAAAACCAAAGAGGGAAAGGGGCCUGGCGCUAAAAAAAAAAGCAAGCCAGUGAAAGAAACAAAAAAGAAAGGGAAACCGAAGAAAUCCAAAUCGAAAGCAGGCCAGGGUGGAAAAAGGAAAAAAGGCUCUUCGAGUGAGGAGGAUUUCCUGGAUGACUUUUCAGACUUUGAUGACAUCAGCAUUCACAGCGCCUCUGUACGCUCAGAUACUUCAGCGGCACCCAAGAAGAAGUCGACCCGCAAAGGACAGAAAAAAAGAAAAACAGGAGAGGAUGGAGACGGCUACGAGACAGACCAUCAAGACUACUGUGAGGUUUGUCAGCAGGGAGGAGAGAUCAUUCUAUGCGACACCUGUCCCAGAGCAUAUCACCUGGUGUGUCUUGAUCCAGAACUGGAGAAAGCCCCUGAGGGCAAAUGGAGCUGCCCCCACUGUGAAAAAGAAGGCAUUCAAUGGGAGGCCAAAGAUGAUGAGGAGGAAGAGGAUGAGGUUGCUGGUGAGGAGGAAGAUGACCACAUGGAGUUCUGCAGAGUGUGUAAGGAUGGAGGAGAGCUGCUGUGCUGUGACACCUGCCCUUCCUCCUACCACAUCCACUGUCUCAACCCACCGCUUCCUGAAAUUCCCAACGGAGAAUGGCUGUGUCCACGAUGCAUGUGUCCACCACUAAAAGGGAAAGUCCAGAAGAUUCUGCACUGGGUGUGGGGCGAUCCUCCUCUACCACCCGAGGUUCCUCUUGGGCAAGAUGGAGAGAAGGUGGACGGUUUGGCUAAAAUGCCACUAAAGGGUCGUCCAGAGAGGCAGCUGUUUGUGAAAUGGGCUGGGCUGUCCUACUGGCACUGCUCCUGGGUCAGCGAACUACAGUUGGAGCUAUAUCACACGGUGAUGUACCGUAACUACCAGCGUAAGAACGACAUGGAUGAACCGCCACCAUAUGACUACGGCUCUGGGGAGGAGGAGCUUAACAAUGAGAAGAGGAGGAGCAAAGACCCUCAGUAUGCAGCGAUGGAGGAACGAUUUUACCGUUACGGCAUAAAGCCAGAGUGGAUGAUCAUUCAUCGGAUCCUCAACCACAGUUUUGAUAAGGAUGGAGAUGUGCACUACCUGAUUAAGUGGAGAGAUUUGCCAUAUGAUCAGUGCACCUGGGAGACCGAUGACUUCGACGUCCCAUAUUAUGACAGCUUUAAACAAGCCUACUGGGACCACAGGAAUCAGAUGCUCGGUGAAAGCCAUCACCCCCUGCUGUUCAGAAAGGGAAAGAGACUUAAAGAGGAAAUAAAGAGAAGAGAACCUCCACCAGACACUCCUGUUGUGGAUCCCACCAUCAAGUUUGAACAGCAGCCAUGGUACAUUGAUGAUACAGGGGGAACUUUGCACCCAUACCAGCUGGAAGGCCUGAACUGGUUGCGAUUCUCUUGGGCCCAAGGAACCGACACAAUCUUGGCUGAUGAAAUGGGGCUUGGCAAGACUGUGCAGACUAUAGUGUUCCUGUACUCACUCUACAAAGAGGGUCACUCCAAAGGGCCGUUUCUGGUCAGUGCGCCACUCUCCACCAUCAUCAACUGGGAGAGAGAGUUUGAGAUGUGGGCUCCGGAUUUCUAUGUUGUGACUUACACAGGGGACAAAGACAGCAGGGCUGUCAUACGCGAGAAUGAAUUUACCUUUGAGGACAGCACCGUCAAAUUUGGUCGCAAGGUUUUCCGAAUGAAGAAGGACACACCGAUAAAGUUUCAUGUCCUGUUGACGUCAUAUGAACUGAUCACCAUUGAUCAAGCAAUACUUGGCUCCAUUACCUGGGCCUGUUUGGUUGUGGAUGAAGCCCACCGACUGAAGAAUAACCAGUCAAAGUUUUUCAGAAUUCUGAAUGGCUACAGAAUCUACUAUAAACUGCUCCUGACCGGAACCCCUCUGCAGAACAAUCUCGAAGAGCUUUUUCACCUGCUCAACUUUCUCACCCCGGAGCGCUUCAAUAACCUGGAGGGCUUUCUGGAGGAGUUUGCGGACAUCUCGAAAGAGGACCAGAUUAAGAAACUACACGACCUGCUUGGGCCACACAUGCUCAGGAGACUGAAGGCAGAUGUGUUUAAGAACAUGCCAGCAAAAACCGAGCUCAUAGUGCGGGUCGAGCUCAGCCCGAUGCAGAAAAAAUACUACAAGUUCAUUUUAACACGUAACUUUGAGGCAUUGAAUUCCAAGGGAGGAGGGAACCAGGUGUCUCUUCUUAACAUCAUGAUGGACUUGAAGAAAUGUUGCAACCAUCCCUACCUGUUUCCAGUUGCUGCAGUGGAAGCUCCGGUCUUACCCAAUGGUUCUUAUGAUGGGAACCUCCUGGUGAAAUCCUCAGGAAAACUCACCCUGCUACAGAAGAUGCUCAAAAAACUGAAAGAUGAAGGGCACAGGGUUCUCAUCUUCUCUCAGAUGACAAAGAUGCUAGACCUGCUAGAGGACUUCCUGGAGUUUGAAGGAUAUAAAUAUGAGCGUAUUGAUGGGGGCAUCACAGGGGGGCUGCGACAGGAGGCCAUUGAUCGCUUUAACGCACCCGGAGCUCAGCAGUUCUGUUUUCUGCUGUCCACACGUGCUGGAGGAUUGGGUAUCAAUCUGGCAACCGCAGACACUGUGAUCAUAUAUGACUCUGACUGGAACCCACACAAUGAUAUUCAGGCAUUCAGCAGGGCACAUCGUAUCGGGCAAAAUAAAAAGGUGAUGAUCUAUCGCUUUGUAACUCGGGCAUCUGUAGAGGAGCGUAUUACCCAGGUGGCCAAGCGAAAGAUGAUGCUGACCCACCUGGUGGUGCGCCCUGGCUUGGGCUCUAAGACGGGCUCCAUGUCCAAACAGGAACUCGACGACAUCCUCAAGUUUGGCACCGAGGAGCUGUUUAAAGACGAUGUGGAAGCCGCCAGGACAAUGGGAGAUAAUAAAGAAGGAGAGGAGGGUAGUGUGAUCCACUACGAUGAUAACGCCAUUUCUAAACUGCUGGACCGUAGCCGGGAUGCCACCGAAGACACAGAGAUCCAGAACAUGAACGAGUACCUGAGCUCAUUUAAGGUGGCGCAGUAUGUGGUGAGAGAGGAGGAUGGAGAGGAGGAGGUCCAGAGGGAGAUUAUUAAGCAGGAAGAGAAUGUUGAUCCAGACUACUGGGAGAAGCUCUUGAGGCACCAUUAUGAGCAGCAGCAGGAGGAUCUGGCCCGGAACCUGGGCAAAGGGAAACGAAUCCGCAAACAGGUCAACUAUAAUGACGCCUCUCAGGAGGACCAAGAGUGGCACGACGAUCUUUCAGAUAAUCAGUCUGAGUACUCUGUUGGGUCCGAGGAUGAGGAUGAAGAUUUUGAAGAACGCCCUGAAGGAGGACGCAGACAAUCUCGAAGACAGUUGAAGAGCGAUCGGGAUAAACCAUUGCCGCCGUUGCUGGCUAGAGUUAGUGGCAAUAUAGAGGUUUUGGGAUUUAACGCCCGGCAGCGGAAAGCCUUCCUGAAUGCGAUUAUGCGCUGGGGUAUGCCCCCACAAGAUGCCUUCAACUCUAACUGGCUGGUCCGUGACCUGAGAGGGAAAAGUGAGAAGGAGUUCAGGGCUUAUGUGUCUCUGUUCAUGAGGCACCUGUGUGAGCCAGGGGCAGAUGGAGCAGAAACAUUUGCAGAUGGGGUCCCGAGGGAAGGCCUGUCCCGCCAACAUGUUCUCACCCGGAUUGGUGUAAUGUCUCUGGUCCGCAAGAAGGUUCAGGAAUUUGAGCAUGUGAAUGGGAAGUUUAGUACACCAGAUUUAAUCCCUGUAGGAUUGGAGCUGAAGAAACUUACUGAAAGUGUGUCGUCGGACCCCAACACACCUGUUCCUGCCAGUCCAGUUCCGACUCAACCCAGCACACCUGUUCCUUUAGAAAAGACAGAGUCAGUGUCUUGUUCUCAAGAAGACAAGGAGAUUAUAGAACCAGAGAGCACCAAAUCGAUGGACCCUGAGCAGCCAGUUAUUCAAGAACCCUUCCCUGCCCCAGAGAAAACUAAUGAUGGAGAAGAACCAAAAAGUCCUGAAAGAAAAGGAAUGGAAGAGAGUAAGAAGAAUGAUACCCCGUCUGUCCAUUCAGAGCCAUCGUCCAAUCAAGCACAGCCACCCACAAAACCUAGUGAGCAGACAUCCAAUCAGACACCAUUAGACUGUCGUAAAGGGAAAGAAACUUCUCCAGAAAGAGGGGAAAAUAAAGCCAGCCCAGCAAAAAUAGAUGAUAAGGAGCAAAAGCCAGCCAUUCCUGAUGAUUUUAAAUCUGAAGACCCCCCUGAGAACCAACUGAAUGGAGAGAAAGACGCGAGGGACGACACGGACGAGAGCCACAGAGAUGACAAAAACAGCAUCAAGACUCGGUUCAUGUUUAACAUCGCAGAUGGUGGAUUCACAGAAUUACACACGCUGUGGCAAAAUGAGGAACGUGCAGCUGUAUCAUCUGGCAAAAUGUACGACAUCUGGCACCGUCGCCAUGACUACUGGCUGCUGGCUGGCAUUGUAACACAUGGCUAUGCCCGGUGGCAGGACAUUCAGAAUGACCCACGGUACGCCAUCCUCAAUGAGCCUUUCAAGACUGAAAUGCACAAAGGGAACUACUUAGAAAUGAAGAAUAAAUUUCUCGCCAGGCGUUUUAAGCUCCUGGAACAGGCUUUGGUAAUUGAAGAGCAGCUACGGCGCGCUGCAUACCUGAAUAUGACUCAGGAUCCCAGUCACCCCGCCAUGGCCCUCAACACACGUUUCGCAGAGGUGGAGUGCCUGGCUGAGUCCCACCAGCACCUCUCCAAAGAGUCACUUGCUGGUAACAAGCCAGCCAAUGCUGUGCUGCACAAAGUGUUGAAUCAGCUGGAGGAGCUGUUAAGCGAUAUGAAGGCUGAUGUGACGCGGUUGCCCUCCAUGCUUUCGAGGGUCCCACCUGUCUCUGCCCGGCUCCAGAUGUCAGAGCGGGGCAUCCUCAGCAGGCUCACCACCCGAGGCAACGAACCGCCACCUCAGCAGCCUUUCCCUCAGGGCUCUUUCGGCUGUUCUCAGAUGUUUAAUAGCAGUUUCGCCGGAGGUUUCCGUGGACCUGGGGGCACUGCGAUGGUGAACUACAGCCAGAUGCCCCUGGGGCCGUACGUCAGCGUGUCCUCAAAUGGACCUCCGGCGCCAACCAGCCACCUUGAGAAGAAGUCCAGCGAUGCUCUGCGAGAUGUGGCCACCCCUGAUCUGAAAUCAGGCAAACCUAGCGAUGUUAUAUGCAUUGAGGACUAGCCCGCAGCUGUUCCAUCCUCUUUCUAUACAAUACCUACAGACAAAACCAUGGAGAACUCCUCCAAACGAUGAAUAUUAAACAAAAAACCUUAUCAGUUGCACUUUUGUCUUUCAGAAUCCGUACAUGUACGCGCCUGUAAGUUUUAUUCGGUAGAGUUCAGUUUCUGUUUCAUUCUUUUUUUAACUUCUGCGAUACGAUAGUCUUGAUCGAUCAAGGAAAGACUAAGGACGCUUAUGAAGAGGGCACCACUGUUCUGACAGUCCUCUAAGCUUAGCUUUGUUUUUAUAAUUAUUAUUUUUACAUCAUGGCUUGUUUUUCUUGAUGGCCGUGAAAAACAUUUUCAUCUCUGCUAACAUUGAGCCAUCUGGAGAGGCAACUAUUUCCUGGCCAGUUCAAGGACCGGAUGUCCCAGCUCUGCUUUGCUCCUGGCUCUGCUCAUGGAUUGCGUAUUGUUGCUACCCCUGCAGGUUAUUGCUGUGUACUGCACCUAAACACAGAAUAGUGCAAUGACUGUCAUUUUCUCUGGAAAACUUCGGAUCAUUUUUCAGUUUGUCAGCACUAAUAUUUGAUAUUUGAAUUGUACUGGAUUGUUUUUAGUUUACAUUCCCCUUUAAAAAGAAAAAGAGUGUUGUCCAUGAAGGGUUAAAGGUGCUUUCAGUAUUCUGAGACACAUAAAACAGUUUACAAUUAAAAUCGGCAGUAGCCUAAGAAAAAGCUUAUUUACAUAGAGUUAGGCUGCUACUUGCUAGAUCACAUGACAUACUAAAUAAUAUUAACUAUAUGAAAAUGACGGAUUGCACCUUUAAAUGACAGAGCAGUAUUAAAUCAAUAGUAUGUUAAUAUUAAAUCAAACAUAAUCUCUAUUCACAUCAUCUGACAAGCUAUUGAAUAAAUACCACAACAACAAAAAAAAUAUCCCUUGGUUUGUAAAAAAAACAGAAAAAAAGGCAUUGAUAGUAAUUCAGUAAUUCAAGGAAAUUAAUGGAGCAAAUGCUUCCCUCAAUUUCAUAUGUCUGGAAAUUUUUGGUAAAGUAUAAAGCAGUCUCAUAAUUUAUAUAUUCAGUUGUUUUAUGUAAAUUCGAUUUAAUUUAAAUUAAUAAAUAAGUCAUGUAGGUGCAUCAACACAAUACAAAUUUCACAUUUUCUGGUCCAAUGCAUUUAUGUUUGAUUUUACAAAGUGAGGGACAAGCUGAAAUUAUAUUAUUAUUAUUCAUUAUUGUUUUAUAUUCAUGCUAUCAACAGCAUGUCUGGAAUAUUUCUGGAACAAAGAAAAUUCUGGUCCACAGGGAUAUUUGUGCAUCGUUUCUACCAUGUUCCUCACAUUCAGUUGCUUUUGAUUUGUAAACUUCUCCACAUCUUGUAUUAUUAUUAUCACAUCCUUUUAUUGUCAGAUGCAUUUUGCUUGACAUUUUGUGAAUUGCUGAAAACUUGGACCCUAAGUGCAUCGGAUUUAUUAAGCCAAGCUUAUGGUUAGUAUUGACAUGAUUGUUCUGGUGCCAUAAGUUGUGUGGAUAUGGAUUGUUUUUGUUUCAAUUUGAAAUGAUAUGCCUUGUGUAACUGUGUUUUUAAGCAGCGCACUUUAAAUGGAGACCUGAUGUUACCAUAGAGACGGCAUCUCCUAUUGGCCAUUUCAAACGCAGUAGAAACCUCUUUCAAUAACUUGUAUACUCAGUUUCAGUCUGUGGUAUUAGUCAUGUUUAUUAAUGUAAAUGAAGUAUUUUGUUUGUUUCCUGCAUCUCAGCAGCAAUGUAAAUGGCACUUAAGUGUCAUGGCUGACCGUAAACGUGAUCGUAGCUUCUUUUGCAGUAGUUUUAACUUGAGGGGUUUAAAAUGAUCAUUUUUGUGUAAACUUCGAAUGUGGGGGGGGGGAAAAUGCAGUUAAAUGUUCACACGCACACUUGCGCUAGAGAAACCUCAAUUGACUUCAAUGAAACACAGAGACAGCCUCAAGAGUCAAGGGACCUUAAACCCAAGGUUAUAAAGAAAGCCAGCAGCAUAAAAUGUGUUGUGAAAUGAAGUUUUGUUUAAAUCCUGUGUGAUGAGUUUACACCAUUUCAUUUGUACUUUUUAAUCACAAGAUUGAUAUUAUGCUCCAUUUAAAUGCAAUCAAACUGAAGCCAAAAUGAAUGUAUUUAGUAUUUAAAAAGCUUCAGUCUAAUAUUAGAAAGUCUUUUCAUUCGAGUACAAACUAGGCUUCAAAAGCUACCAAAAGGCCCUGGUUAAGAUAACUUUGUUGCAAUGAACACAACUUGUUAAGAUGUCUUCAGAUUACUUAGGACCAGAGAGAUCUUUGUCCUGGUUUUUAAACAGCUAUAAGAAACAGUAAACAGUUAUUUUGCAAGAUAAGAACGUAGGAAAACUUAAGUGAACUACCAUCAUUUCACUUUGUACUCCGUGUAUUGCCUAAUGUGUUUUAAUAAAUCCUCUACAAUGUGCCCA